AUGACAUCUCCUGAAACUAUAUGUAUCUCCCAUGACACACCAAUCGUCAUCCUUGUCAGUGUCCUAAUAUUGCGUUUAGAGCUGGAACCAGAAGUGAUUAAAUGGAAACCAAGGUAUAAAAUAGAGUUUGAUAGUGAGGAAGAGGCAUAUGAUUUUUACAAUGCAUAUGGUGCUCGAAUUAAUUUUAGCAUCCGGAAGGAGUAUGGCAAUAAAGUUAAUGGAAGAAUUACAUCAGGGGCAUUAGUUUGUAGCAAGGAAGGUGUGAAGGGGACUGACAAACGGGAUAUAUUUAGAAAGACUCCCCGGGCUAAAACACGAACCAAUUGCGGUGCACGAAUGGUUCUUAGGUAUGACAAGACAAAGGCAAAGCAAUCUGGUGGCAAAGAAUCCAUUGGGUACUUGAAAGUGGAUCUUAAAAAUUAUCUAAGGACACGAAGACAAAAGGAGCUUCUUUAUGGAGAGGCGGCAUGGCUUAUGGAUUAUUUUGAGACGCGUAGUUGUGAAGAUCCUUCGUUCUUAUAUUCCUUGCAACUGGAUACUGAGCAAAUGAUUACGAAUAUAUUCUGGUCAGAUUGUAGAAUGAUAAUUGAUUAUGGCCAGUUUGGAGAUGUUAUCAGUUUCGACACAAUGUAUAAAGUGGUACACGGUAAUAGACCAUUUGCAAUUUUCUUAGGUAUGAAUCAUCACCGGGAGACUACUGUGUUUGGAGUAGCCUUAAUGUAUGAUGAGACAGUGGAUUCAUUUGUUUGGUUAUUUGAAACGUUCUUGAAAGUGAUGGGCGAAAAAACACUAAAGACGAUUAUUACGGAUCAAGACGCUGCAAUGGCGAAGAUAUUAAAGCAGGUCACGCCGGUGACGAAACAUCAUUUAUGUGUUUGGCACUUAAUGAAUAAUACGCAGAAGAACCUACUGUUUCUAUUUAAAUGCGUUGAAGGAAUAAAGAAGGUCAUCUCAAAAUUAAUGUUCCAAAUUGAGGAAGAGGAUGAUUUUAUCAGGGAAUGGGAUUUAUUGAUUGCAGAGUAUGGUGUUGCUGGAAUGAGUAGCACGCAAUUAAGUGAAAGCUUCAAUGGUCAAUUAAAGUAUUACCUUUCCAGACAACUUAUUAUACCAGAAUUCUUCACACUCUUUGGCAGAUUGUUGUCGGACAAGCGGUACAAGGAGUAUGAAGCCGAGUAUGGCUUGGUGGAGAGGCAAUUGGAACUAAAAACAAAGUGCCACAUAUUACGUCAAGCAGGGAAGGUGUACACCAAGGCAAUAUUUCAGCUUUUCCAGGAAAGGUUUUUAGCUGCUCUUGUGAGUCAGGCUGUUAUUAGUUGUAGUGACUUGGAUAACAAUGGACACUAUGUUUGUAAAGUUGCUGGUGAGGACGAGGUGCAACGUCGUGCUGAUAUUGGCGAUUCAGCCAUGUUGUCAUCUCAACUGUUCAGUGCGCCCUCUUCAUACGAUGAAUCAAGUACUCAUCGUUUGGGAGGUGAUGAGACACAUGGGCAAGUAAAUGUGACGCCAACAUCUGGAAUGGCAAUGACGUCGGGGAUGAAUCAUCCAAUUCAACAUCGACUCUUUCAAUAUUGA